AUGAAACUGAAUGGUGCUGAUUCAGAUACUGGACCGAUAACAACUUCUAGCCCUAAGGAUCCAGAAAAUUUCCUGUCAAAAAAUGAUUCAGCACUAGGAUUACCCACCCAUUCAGAUAUUGAACCUAUACCUUCUAGCCCUAAAGAUCCAGAGAACUUCCCAUCAAAAGAUGAUUCAGGACUGGAAGCACUCACUCAUUCCGAUAUCAGACCCAUACCUUCUAGCCCUAAAGAUCCAGAUAACUUCCCAUCGAAAGAUGAUUCUGCGCUAGAAUCACCCACCCAUUCAGAUAUUGAACUCGUACCUUCUAGCCCUAAAGAUUCAGAGAAAGUCCCAUCGAAAGAUGAUUCUGCACUAGAAGCACCCACCCUUCCACUUCUUCGGGGGAGAAUUGCAUUGGCAGACGCCCUUGAAGAAGAAGAGAAUAUGCUCUUCCGCUUGGCAUAUCACGACCAGCGAUUUGAUUUUGUUAUGUGGAUUAGGCAACACCGCGAAGACUUCGAGGCCAUCGUAUCGUACCAUCUGUCCUUAACCGCAAACGAAACCUGUCGAUUGGGAAUGGAAGUCAGAGAAUGGCUUCACGGUAGUUUUAAUGUUUGUGUACCGGUAUAUAUUGAUAAUUGGAGUAAGCAUCCCAAAAGAAGAGUAUUACUUAGACUUCCUCUACCCUACAAGAAUGGGGGAUCAUUGUAUCCUGGUAAUGCGGACGAGAAGCUACGUACUGAAGCUGCUACCUUCAUUUGGCUUCAGGAUAAUUUUCCUAAUAUUCCUAUACCUCACUUGUGGGGCUUUGGAUCUCCGGGCGGCCAGAGCGUACUUUAUGAGGCCGGAAAACGCGCCUUUCAGGACAAGAGAUCUAUCUCGCAUCAUCCUAUCCUUGAGUCAAUUGCCUCUGCCUCGCAUUGGGUCCUGGACAAUGGACGACCAUGUGCUUGGAAAAUGAAGGGAUUCCGACAAAUAUUGCGAAGACUCUUCCUUACCUAUACAACUGCAGAUUCUUACUAUAGUGAUCUCUUGGCAUGUCACGAUAGCCGUAUACGACAUCAGCCGAACUCUUUAAUCAACAAGAAAGACGGCGACACACAGAUGGCAUGUUUAUUCAUGAUGAGAGGGCUUCUUCAGCAUUUCACAAGUCGCGACCUUCGGUCUGGACCAUUUGUUUUCAAUCUUACCGAUUAUCAUGGAAGUAAUAUCUUUGUCGACCGUGAUUGGCAUAUCAAAUACAUUAUCGAUCUCGAGUGGGCCUGCUCGCUUCCCAUAGAAAUGAUGGCUCCUCCGCUUUGGACAAUAACCGACCGAGGUGUAGAUCAGCUUAGAGGUGACGAGCUUCAAAAAUCCGAAAAGGCACACCAAGAAUUCACCGAUAUAUUCAAGGAAGAGGAAAGAUCUUUCUCUCCCACCUAUGGUACUACUACUUUCCGUGCAAAUAUCAUGGAAAGAAGUUGGAAAGUUGGAUCAUUCUGGUACUUCCACGCACUCAAUAGCCCCAAAGGGUGUCUCAACCCUUUCUGGCAACACGUGCACCCGAUAUUUGAACCGCGAUCCGACGAUACCGAGCCAGCUACCAGGUCACAAAUCGACGCCUUCUCAGAGAUUGCAUCGCCAUUUUGGGCUUCUAAUGCGCGAGAGACCGUGACUUCAAAGCUUGAGGACUUAGAGAAGUAUGAGCAAGAGUUGCGAGAUUUGUUUGAAAAGGGUGAGCGUGACCUGUUGGCUCCUUAG